ACAGUCCUCCAAUUAGACACUGGCUGAUGCGUGUAAAUCUGAUGCACGGAGGCGGGUCUCAUCAGAAAACGGGUAGGACCCAGUGCAGCUUUGCUCAGUACUGAAGCGCCCCGGGACUUGGAGGAGGAAGAGCUCUGGCAUUGGCUGCAUAAAGGGAGUGAGCCGAAGGUAGAGAGCUGCACAGGUCACACUGACGCCACACAGGAGAAAAGAAGAAGAAGAAGAAGAAGAAGAAGGAUGCUGCUAUAAGACACAGAGCUGUGUCACAUCCCCAUGCAGUAAACCGGGGCGUUGCGCCGUCUCUCGUCCAGUUUAAAGCAAUCUCCACGUUAUGGAUUAGAGAGAAAGGUCGAGAAGAGAAGUCAGAGUAAAUCCCCACUGUGUGUUAUCCGGAUUUACAGCGCAGGAUAAGGUGAAAUUGGCGAACAUGGAAGCGAACAUGCGGAAAUUCACAGUACGGAGAUGGUUCUCGAUUUACCUGCGCAAAAAGUCGCGGUCCAAAAGCGCCAGCUUGUGCAAACUCGAGGAUGACGGCAUCCUGAAAGAGAUCGAUAUAAGCAGCCAUGUGAAGGAAGGCUUCGAGAAAGCUGACCCAUCACAGUUUGAGCUUCUUAAAGUGUUGGGACAGGGAUCAUACGGCAAGGUAUUUCUUGUGAGAAAAAUUAAAGGCUCAGACACUGGGCAGCUCUACGCCAUGAAGGUGUUAAAAAAGGCCACACUGAAAGUGCGUGACAGGGUGCGAUCCAAAAUGGAGAGAGACAUUCUUGCUGAAGUGAAUCAUCCCUUCAUAGUGAAACUUCACUAUGCUUUUCAGACUGAAGGAAAACUGUACCUCAUCCUGGACUUUCUACGAGGAGGAGAUCUCUUCACACGGCUCUCCAAAGAGGUCAUGUUCACUGAGGAGGAUGUGAAGUUCUAUCUGGCUGAGCUGGCGUUAGCUCUGGACCAUCUUCACAGCCUGGGAAUUAUCUACCGUGACCUCAAGCCAGAAAAUAUUCUUCUUGAUGAAGAGGGGCACAUAAAGAUCACUGAUUUCGGUCUGAGUAAAGAAGCGAUAGAUAAUGACAAGAGAGCAUACUCGUUCUGUGGGACCAUCGAGUACAUGGCCCCAGAGGUAGUCAACAGGAGAGGACACACACAAAGCGCAGACUGGUGGUCAUUUGGCGUGUUGAUGUUUGAAAUGCUGACCGGAUCUCUGCCGUUUCAAGGCAAAGACCGCAAGGAGACCAUGGCACUUAUUCUCAAGGCAAAGCUUGGCAUGCCACAAUUCCUAAGCCCAGAGGUUCAGAGCUUACUGCGGUCACUUUUUAAAAGGAAUCCGACCAACAGAUUAGGAGCUGGACCUGAUGGAGUGGAAGAAAUCAAAAGGCACCAUUUCUUCGCAAACAUAGACUGGAAUAAAUUAUACAGGAAGGAGAUUAAACCUCCGUUCAAACCAGCAGUUGGUAGACCAGAAGACACUUUCCAUUUCGACCCUGAAUUCACUUCCCGCACGCCAACAGACUCGCCCGGUGUUCCUCCCAGUGCUAAUGCCCAUCAGCUUUUCCGCGGUUUCAGCUUUGUGGCCUCCAAUCUAGGACAGGAGCAGUGUAUAGCAGAGACCAGGCCAAACUCCAUUAACCCUAUAGUGCAGCAACUUCAUAGCAACAACAUCCAUUUCGUUGACAGCUACGAAAUUAAAGAGGACGUCGGCGUAGGCUCGUAUUCGGUAUGCAAGCGCUGCAUACACAGAAUCACCAGUGUGGAAUACGCUGUUAAAAUCAUAGACAGAGCUAAGAAGGACCCAUCUGAGGAGAUUGAGAUCCUGUUGCGUUAUGGACAGCACCCAAACAUCAUCACUCUGAAAGACGUUUACGAUGAUGGGAAGUUUGUGUAUCUGGUGAUGGAGCUCAUGCGUGGAGGAGAGCUGCUCGACCGUAUCCUGCACCACAACGGCUUCUCAGAGAGAGAGGCUUCUGCUGUGCUCUGCACCCUAACCAAGACUGUAGAGUAUCUGCACUCGCAAGGGGUUGUACAUCGAGACCUGAAGCCUAGCAAUAUCCUGUACGUGGAUGAGACGGGUGACCCAGAAUCGAUAAGGAUCUGUGAUUUCGGCUUUGCAAAACAACUCCGGGCUGAAAACGGCCUCCUUAUGACCCCUUGCUAUACUGCCAACUUUGUGGCUCCAGAGGUUCUGAAGAAGCAAGGAUACGACGCAGCUUGCGACAUCUGGAGUCUAGGAAUCUUACUGUACACCAUGCUCGCAGGGUUCACGCCCUUCGCCAGUGGACCUGACGAUACCCCUGAGGAAAUCUUGGCUCGAAUCGGCAGUGGCAAAUACACCCUCUCUGGGGGCAACUGGGACACUGUGUCUGAUGCUGCUAAGGACAUCGUGACUAAAAUGCUGCAUGUGGACCCUCACCAGCGGCUCACCGCCCCUCUGGUCCUCCGUCACCCCUGGAUCGUAAACCAAGAGCAGUUAUCUCUGAGUCAGCUCACGCGACAAGACGUGCAAAUGGUCAAGUGUGGAUCUACCAUAUGCUAGAAGGAGCAACAUUGCCACCACCUGGUUCUCUGACACACUGCGGAAUAUAGGACUGAGGUUUUCAUUUCAUCCAUUUGAAAUGUUACAACAGAUAAGACCAACAAAAUAACUUCUGCUCUAUUUUUGUUGUUUAUUAAAGGGAGCAAUGGCCGCUACAUACUCAGCCCUGAACCGAACGCCGCAGGCUCCAAAGCUUGAGCCUGUCCUUGCUUCUUGUCUGGCUCAGAGAAGAGGAAUGAAGAGAGUGACGUCCACUUGCUUGUAGCACAGAAUCAAAUAGCACCACCUAGAGGACCUGAAAAUAUUCAAGCGUCAAGCCUGAGAAAAGGAACCUGGCAGUCCUCAAUGCACACGGUAGGGCUAACUUCGAAGAUGUGCAACAUUUUAGCCAAUCGGGAAAGCGUUAACUUAACUCCGCAGGCGCUGAGAUUCGAUCCAGAGCUUCUCUGCUCUAAUCCUCAAAUGAGGCACGGCAAAGGAAUCGGAGUGAUGUUAGUGAGUUAGAUAAUAUCGCCAACCAAGAGCACAAAUAACAUAACCCACCAGCUCAUGCCGUGAAGACUGUCAUGUGCUGCGAGCCAUGUCAAAAUGUUUGGACCUGACUGCUGUCAUAUUGCUCCAGCUUGCUGUCAUUCUCCGUAUGGCUCUGGCUGGAAUAAAUGCACACUAAACGUGUCCACAACAUUGACCUAUUUAGUGGACAGCAAGAUUGUAGCUCAUGUUGAAACACUAACACUGAAGCUCUUAAAGGAAUAGUUCAGCAGAGAACAAAUGUAAAAACACAGAGUUCUCCCUUUGCUCACAUGUGAUAAGUCCUUUUAAUGUUUACUUCUGGAGAUAUGCAGUGGACGUCUACCACUAAUGCUACUAACAAUGAAAGUGCAAAGCCACCGGUCUGGCAUCACUACAAAUUUGUCCUCUAGCUCCCUCAAAUAGAAAAAUAAUCCUUCUGGGUUUGUUUUUUGUUGUUGUUUUUUUCAUACCAGAACUCUUCCUUUAAACCUAUUUAAUGAAUCGCUUGACAUACACACAGGUGAUCCCUAUAAAAUAAAUGCUUCUUUGGCUAGCUCAGGUGUAACCACAGCAGAACAAGCAAUAUUAUGUUCCGAACAACUUAAGGACAGGAUUAUAAAAGAUGCCAGCAUUAUUGACAUACAUUUCUUUAUCUGAUUCCAACAUGCAUGCUAGUCUAAGUGGUUUUAUGAAUAAAAAAAAGGACAUUAAAAACAUGAUUGCUGGUUUAUAAAUGAAUUAAAAUAUUUUUGCUGGGUGAAAAAAAUAUGUAUUUAUUUUUUAGUCGUUUCAUUUAUUUCAAAUUCUUUCAUCCUUUGUAUUUAAUCAUCUUAUCAUAAUUUUUUUAACUAUUUAUUUAUUUAUUUAUUUAUUUCUCCUGCUUGUUUGGUUGGUUUAUUUUUUAUUUUUAGAAUGCAUUUGAUAGGGUUUGGUUUGACGAGUGAAAAUUGUAAAUAAGUGCCCGAGUUUUGCACUAACCUUUGUUUGGAAUUUGUAUUAAAAUAUGAGAUUAAAUAUAUGCAGACGAUUCUUUUUUUUUCUCUAAUCAUAGCCAUGAUAAAGCUUGUUUGUUUAUUCAUAUUUGCUUCAGAUUUUAGAUUCAUUAUAACUUCGUUGUACAGAAUAUCUUUGUUCAUUUAAUAUACUACGUAGCCUACGCCGUACCCAUUGACCUCAAAAACUAGCCUUAUGCUUGAAGUCAAAACAGAGACACAAUUACACAAUGACUUUUAUAUAUCCUUAACAUAGGAAACGGUUAUCUUUUUUCUUUUUCUUUCUUUCUUUCUUUCUUUUUACACCACCGUAAAUUUCCUUUCUUUUUUAACGAAGUUUGACGAAAGAGCGCUGACUGUGUGUUUGCUAUCUCGCCAUAUCUUAGAGCCUGAUUUAUUUAUAUUUUUUUGGCAAUAUUUGUUUCCUUUGAAUGUGUAAUGGUGUUAAAUCUAAGAAAUUCAUCUCACAGUGCAAAUGAUGACAAUGAUGGAAAACUAUGCACUGUCAGAAAGAAAGGUACCACACAGAACUUUUCCUUGUUGCUGGAGUCAUCGUCAUCAAGACUGCAUCGUUUGUACCCGUAAUGAAUGAUCUUUUAUAGCAAAGCUUUAAAUCAGUGGUGCUUUAUAUCCAGUUAUGUAUAAAGAUAUAUAUGGUAUAAAUGUACAUAGUAAUGGUGCCACAGCAGGCACAAGGGAAAGUGCAGUUAGGUGCCUUUAUUUCUGAGAGUGUGGAUCAGGUGAAGAGUAAAAUCAUAUUGGCUUGCAUGCCAGCGAUUUCUAAAUAAAUUGUAUUGAAAA